CCCCCCACACCAUUCAUCCAUCCAUCCACCCACCCACCCACUUCUAGAACCCGCACCCCCACCUCCAUCACCACCACCACCUUCUCUACGGACCUCACAUCUUAUGCAUCUCUGCAGCGGGCAGUUCUCUCGGAGAGACGGAGGGAGCUGAGGAGGGGGAGUCCUGCACGGAGCCAUUUUCUCAAAAGAGCCCCUGGAACGUGCAUGGGAAGAGGAUGCAUUGUGGGCUGCUGGAAGAGCCUGACAUGGAUUCCACAGAGAGCUGGAUUGAAAGAUGUCUGAACGAAAGCGACAGCAAGCGCGUCUCCAGUCACACGUCUAUUGGAAAUAUGUCAAACGACGAAAAUGAAGAGAAGGAAAAUAACCAGGCAUCUAAACCACAUUCAACACCUGCCACAUUACAAUGGUUGGAGGAGAACUACGAAAUCACAGAGGGUGUUUGUAUUCCUCGCAGUGCACUGUACAUGCACUACUUGGACUUUUGCGAGAAGCAUGAUUCUCAGCCGGUCAACGCUGCUAGUUUCGGGAAGAUAAUACGACAACAGUUCCCUCAAUUAACCACGCGAAGACUGGGAACCAGAGGCCAAUCAAAGUACCACUACUAUGGAAUCGCUGUGAAGGAGGGCUCCCAGUACUAUGAUGUGAUGUACUCCAAAAAGGGCGCUGCAUGGGUGAACGAGACAGGCAAGAAAGAGGUCACCAAGCAGACAGUGGCGUAUUCACCACGCUCCAAGCUGGGCACUCUCCUGCCAGACUUUCCAAAUGUCAAAGACUUAAAUCUGCCCACCAGCCUGCCAGAGGAGAAGGUCUCAACUUUUAUCAUGAUGUACAGAACCCACUGCCAGAGGAUACUGGAUACAGUCAUUCGUGCCAACUUCGAUGAGGUCCAGAGUUUCCUGUUGCACUUUUGGCAAGGCAUGCCACCCCACAUGCUGCCUGUCUUGGGCUCUUCCACAGUGGUGAACAUAGUGGGUGUGUGCGACUCCAUAUUGUACAAGGCCAUCUCAGGGGUUCUCAUGCCCACAGUCCUACAGGCUCUACCAGACAGCCUCACUCAGGUGAUCAGGAAGUUUGCCAAGCAACUGGAUGAGUGGCUGAAGGUGGCACUACAUGACCUACCCGAGAACUUGCGCAACAUAAAGUUUGAAUUGUCAAGACGAUUUUCCCAGAUACUUAAACGACAAACAUCAUUAAACCAUCUCUGCCAGGCCUCUCGAACAGUGAUCCAUAGUGCAGACAUCACCUUUCAGAUGUUGGAGGACUGGAGAAAUGUAGACCUCAACAGCAUCACAAAACAGACUCUUUAUACAAUGGAAGAAUCCAGAGAAGACCAGAGAAGACUUAUCAUCCAAUUGUAUCAAGAAUUUGACAGGCUGCUGGAGGAUCAGUCGCCCAUUGAAGCCUACAUUGAGUGGCUGGACUCUAUGGUGGAUAGAUGUGUCAUAAGGGUGGUGGGGAAGAGACCUGGAUUCCUGAAGAGGUUAGCACAGCAGUUCCUGCUCAUGUGGUCGUGUUUCGGGACCAGGGUUAUCCGGGAUAUGACUCUGCAUAGCGCACCUAGCUUUGGGUCAUUCCACUUGAUUCACCUCAUGUUUGAUGACUAUGUGCUGUACCUGCUUGAGUCUCUGCACUGCCAAGAGAGAGCCAAUGAACUGAUGAGGGCUAUGAAAGAAGAGGGAACAUCAGCAGAUACUGGGGAAGAGGUAAUGCUGAUGAGCUCCACUCCCACAUCAACAUCACCUGGACCAUACUCACCUGCCAAGUCCGUUCCCUCAGUGGGAGUACCGGCAACAUGUUCCCCCAGUUCAGCCCAGUCUCCAGAGUAUACCGGCACAUCUACUACAACAGGAGCUGUUCAGUCAUAUACCUGGUCCCUUACAUACACAGUGACAACCUCAGGUGGCAGUCCACCCGAGAGCGGACCCCAGCUUUCCUGCAUGCGAGGCGGACCCCCUGUACACACCCCCUCCUCUGCCCACAGGAUGCCAGUUUACUCCCAUCGGGAUGAGCAUGGGUAUACUGGCAGCUAUAAUUACAGUAGCUACGCAAACCAGCACCAUCAUGCAAUUCAGAGCCAGUACUCCAGUUUGACCCAUGAACCAGGGCUGCACACACCUCUGCACUAUUCUUCAUACCACCGUACCUCUGCACAGUACCCACUCAACAGCCAGAUGUCACGAAUGGAGUCUUGUUUGAUGAGUGGCUCUCCCCUCUUACACUCAUCCCCGGUGACCCCUCGCUGGCCGGAUGUGCCCUCAGCCAACAGCUGUUACUCCAGCCCCCCUGUCCACACGGCCCGCUACGGCUCUACUGGAGACAUGUACUCCCCUCUGGCCCCACGCAGGAAUUCUGAAUAUGAGCAUGUGCAACAUUUUCCAGGAUUUGCCUAUAUUAAUGGGGAAGCCACAACUGGGUGGGCAAAAUGAUUUCACCCUUCCAAGUGUCACAAGCUGGACCAAGCAGUGGCAAUUAUUAUUUAAAGGGAUAGUUCAUCCAAAACCGAAACUUCUGUUAUCAUUUACUCACCGUCAUGUUGUUCCAAACCUGUAUGACAUCUCCUUAUGUGUUUCAUAAUAAUAUGGGGUUUGGAACAACGUGAACUGGUGUAAGUGAGUAAAUGAUGACAUCAUUUUCAUUUUGGUGAACAAUCCCGAUUUAUUUACAUAAUUACACAGAAUGUAUCCGAGAGGGAAUGAGAUGUGAGAUGCUUCACAGAAGUGUUCAUUGGUGUGGACAGUGUUUACAGUGAUUUUAAGCGCAAUCAUUGUGAGAGUGCAAAAAGUCGGUGUCCCAGUUGUGCCUUUCCCCUCCUAUUUCUCAUUUAUUCCCCUACAAGCAUUAAAAAGCACUCUUUAAUUUCCUGUGCUAACACUAUGAUCACUGACCUUGUUUCAAAGUAAACACAUAUGCAUAUCACCAGGAUCUUUCACAAUAGACCAAGUGUUUGAUGUCAGAGUGCUCCGUUAACGUCACCACAGCAUUCACUUUGAUCAAAACCAGUUAAAGGUAUGCUGCUUUCCUGGCAUAAACAUAAUAGAUUCUCAGAAGAGGAACAUGAAAUUUCUUUGUUUCACUCUGGAAUGCUGUUUGUCCAAAUGACAGAAGAUUAUAGACAUCAUCAUAGCAGUUCAAACAAAUAAGGGCCACUAAUGUCAGUACAUGUUACAUAUGUAAGUGAAAAUGAGAUAUUUCAUUUUACACACUUGCAGAAUUAGCCCAUGCUGUACAACCCUGAAAUUUGGCUUGCGCUCUUUGUUACAGGCUAUAUUAAUUGUGGGAGAAUAUUAGAGAUCUUUUCUGUAGCUUUGUAACAUUGCAUCUGUGUCCCUUUGCAUUGUCAUUCUGUGUUUGAACUGUAUAUCCAGUUUUGUAUGAUUUAGAAACAUGAAAAAAGUGUUAACCUAGGUUUGUGUGUUUUUGAAAGCACUCAAAGGUACUGUGGACCUAUUACCCUAUGGGUAGGAAUAAAAAAGAAAGAAUAUGAAUAUGUAACAUUUAUUAUCUUUAGUCACGUUUUCUUGUAAAUAAAAGCACCCAGUAACUUCUCUGUUACCAUGUAAAUGAUAUAUGUGGAAUUAUUUGUUGCCACAUAAAGAUUUUUUAA